AUGUCGUCCGUACACGACACCGACCUCUCGGACAGCAUCUCGAUUAUCUCGACGAUCGAGUCCGAGGACGCCUCGUCCGAUUUCGAGCUCGUCGACUUUGACGACGAUCCGCGUCCGCAGCCUCCCUCCUCAACCCACUCGAUCGCUCCCAGCGUCGUCUCGGACGACCAAAGCGCCCCUCCCAGUCCAGCGCUGCACGAGUCCCGCUUCCACUUUCCUGACCCCGCCGCCAUCUUUAGCGAGGCCAACCUCGACUCCAGCUCGAUCUGCACCAUCGCCUCUCCCGCGCAGCCUGAACCGUUCAGCUUGCCUCCUCCCGCACAGCGCGUACAACUCGAGGCCGAAUCGCUCGAGCCUGAAUCCAUCAAGUCCGAGUCCUUCGAGCCCGAACUCCUCGAGCCCACGACGCCCAAAGUGGAGCAGCUCCGCCAUGGAAUCCAAGCCACCAGUCUUCAAGCUGCUCCUGACCGCGUUCAAACCUCCCACGACCCCUUCUUUGGCGAAUCUAAACGCACGCGUGCAUCGCUACUUCAUCUGAGGCGGACCGCUCUGGCCUCUCCCAAGACUACCUGCCUCCUCAUGUUGCUCGCUGCCGUACUCCUCGGCGUCCCCUUCCAUUCAAACUCGCUUCUGCCUGGCUGGCGCACGUCCGACAUUCAGAUCAAUGCUACGCAGUCCCAAUCCACAGCCAAAUUCGUCACUCCAGCUGCACAGGCCCCUUCCAGCGAGAGCUCGCUCGCGACCUCUCAGCCUCCACACUGGCUCGCCAAGCCCCUCGUCGCUCUGCCUUCGACCUCGGCGCCCGCAUCCAUCGCAACCGUCAGCGACAAGCGCUCCAGGUCCAAGCGCGAAUCCACCGCGCUGCAGCCACCCGUGACCACCCCGAAAGCCUUGAACCUCGCUCCACAAGCGCACAGUGGAUCGAGCGCCAAACCAUCCUCCAAUGGUGCUUGCAAAGUCGCAAGGCAGAGGGCGCGACGUCGCAGCAACCCGCUGGCGCCGCUGGCUUCGCGGGUGGCCUAUGUCCCCGUGGAUCGUCCCGUCUUCCCGAUGCUCUCGGACGCCUCUUCCCUUGCCGACGCCACCACGGCCUCGUGGGACUACUGGAUCGAACAGCUCGACAGCUACUACCACGUCGUACUCAGGCCUUCCAUCAUCGAAGCGCGACUACAGGCUGUGCACGCAGCUCAACAUGCCCGUCGUUUCCACGAAGAAAUCGUCCUUCCGGCCUUGCAAAAGCACGCCGUCGGCACUGCGCAUCGCACCGCCGAUCAAGCAUCCAAGGCGGCCAAGCGAGCCCAUCGCUAUCACCAGCAGCACGUCGUCCCCGCGCUGUCCAACUUGCAAAAGCACACCGUCCGCACCGCUCACCACACCGCAGAAUGGACCGCACAGUACAACCGAGACCAGCUCCGCCCGGCGCUCGCCUUUAUGCAGCAGCAAACCAUCGAGACGGCACGCAAGUCGGCCAACUACCAGCGCACCGUCGUCGGCCCCGCCCUGGUGCAGCUGGGCGCUCACUCGAUCGAGGCAGCCAAGACCACCUCGCACGGACUCAACAAGGCGGCCAAGCGCUUCUCGCUCGAGGCGGCCCAGACGGUCAAGCACGUCAGGCACGCCACCAACAUCAACCUCGAGGCGCUCGGCGUAGAUCAGUACGUCGGAUUCCUCAAAUCCACCUGGAAGGACCUCACCCACCAGCUCGCCUUCUGCCCCCACCACAAACAGGCGUGCGAGCCGUGCGACUGUGCCGGCGGCGCUUCUUCGCCUCUUGGCACUUGUCCCUCUCGUUAG